UCUUGUUGAAGGUAAAGAUGUUGCUUUCCUAGGAUAUGGAUCGAUGGUUCAGAACUGCCUAAAGGCUCAUUCACUCCUUGCAAAGCUAGGCAUUGAGGUGACUGUUGCUGAUGCAAGGUUCUGCAAGCCCCUUGACAUCAAGCUUCUGAGGCAGCUUUGUAAAAAUCACUCUUUUCUAAUAACUGUUGAAGAAGGAUCCAUUGGAGGUUUUGGUUCCCAUGUUGCUCAGUUUAUUGCACUAAAUGGACUGCUUGAUGGAAGAAUAAAGAGGCGAUGGUCUGAGGUGACCGGCUCGACGAGUAUGAUGAUUGGUGGAUCCAAGUUUGGGAUCUCUUGUGUCGAAAGUCUUCCUAACAGUAGGUCCAUGUGGAAGAGAGGCUUCCUAUUAACAUUUUCCGACCCGGACAAUUUUAGGGGUCUACACCUACAAAUGGAAAACCUUGCAGUAUAG